AUGGAUACUUACAGUGUUUACUUCAAAGAAACGACGCCUGAUAACUAUCACUUCCUGGGUUUUUACCAAUACCGCAGUAAACAAGAAGAUUUUACAUUCUCCUUUCAAAGGGAAACUGACAAACUUUGGAAGGAUUUAGUUAUAUUGGAAAUUGGCCCAGGAGGGAUCAAAAAGGGUGCUAUCAGGCUGAAGCAAAAGUUCAAGGUAAUUAUUGUCGCAGCUGAUGUUGAAAAAGCAGUAUGGGAGACUUCCAGUAGUCCCGAGAAGGG